AUGUACAUGACACGCCUUGUGAAGCUGCUAAUGGUAGCUCUUGCCGUUGUCUGCGUCGCUCAGGCAUCAUGGAUUGAUCUCAACAAGAUUCACUUGCGAGAGCGUCGACUCGUCCGCAGAGCAAGCCCAAGCCAGUCCGACGACUCUCAACCAAGCGCAACUGCACCUGACAGCAAUCCUUCAGCUACUCAAGCAGACCCAGCAUCCGAUCCUGCUCCUACUGAUGCAGCUGACCCUACCUCGGACGAGUCUGCCAAAACCGACGCUGAGGCUACUCAAGCUACUAACGAGCAAACAAAACCAUCUGCCACUGAUGCCGAGCCUACCAACAACGAUUCUGCAAAAACAACCGCUGCUGAUACCUCCCCUACAAACGCUUCUCCCACCAGCAAGCCCGCCGAGAAGUCUAGUGCUGCUGAUACCAAGCCCUCCGAGACAGCCGCUGCCACACAAUCUGAGGCUACCGACAACGUCGAGUCAUCGGCUUCUGCCACUGACGCCAAGACUGCUGCUCAGUCCACAGCCAACUCCCCAGCAGCCACCAGCACCUCCAGCAACAACCAGAACAGUGACGACGCCAGCAGCACCGCCAGCGAGAACAACGAUGAGGCUUCCAGCACUGCCGCCGAGAAUAACACCCGAACUACCGCUAGGCCUGUUACCUCUACGCACGUCGCCGUCGUCACAAGGACAAACAGCGAUGGUAAUCUUGAGACCAUGACCACUACGAGUGUGUCCACGUCAACACCUGGCCUGAGCGAUGGUGAUGACGACGGAAGCUCUUCGGGCAUGUCGGCCAAGACUCGCAACACAGUCAUUGGAGUUGUUGUCGGUAUUGGUGGUGCAAUUGUCGUUGGUGCCCUUGGCCUUGUCGCAUGGCGAAUUUGGGGGCGCAAGAAGCACCAAGAAGAAGCCGAUGGUCUCAUGGACUUCAACGAGAACAAUAGCCGUCCUAGCAGCAACGGCCCUUAUCACAGCGUUGAGAAGACUGAGUACGGGAGUGUCGGGAGCUCGGGGCCUCAACGCAGCCCAUUCCAAUCCACGCUGGACACAUAUCACCAGCCAACGCCAGUGAACGCCUCGUCCAACUUCUAA